AUGGCAAAGAAUUUGGCGUCGCGAUAUCCAUGGGUCACCAAGCCUUUUAUUGUCAGCGCUCCGAUGCGGAUAAUGUCAGGGCCAGCGUUGGCUGUCGCAGUUUCCGGCGCUGGUGGACUGGGAUUCAUUGGAACUGGCGCGAAAACCCAAGACUCCAUGGCAGAUUUGCGAGAAGCGUCAAUAUCAGUUCGGAAAUCGCAAGUGUUUUCAACUUUAUCUUCUGAUGACUCAGUUCUGCCCAUUGGCGUUGGCUUCCAGCUAUGGAGUGACGAUGUCGAGAUUGCCGCUGACGCUAUAAAAGAACUUAGACCUUGUGCUGCCUGGCUUUUCGCACCGAGAAACGGUCAAAAGGAUUUAGACAACUGGUCACUCAAGAUUCGCAUAGCGUCACCUCAGACACAAAUAUGGAUUCAAAUAGGAACUUUGGCUGAGGCAAAACAGCUCCUACGCAGCUCUGAGCUCCCGGAUGUAAUUGUUGUCCAAGGCUCUGAAUCUGGAGGUCAUGGUCGCGCCAAAGAUGGUCUAGGACUUAUCUCUCUUUUUCCAGAGGUGGCGGAUUUAGCUCAAGGAAGCCAAAUCCCUCUGUUUGCUGCAGGAGGAAUCGCCGAUGGAAGAGGUGCGGCUGCUGCUUUGUGUUUGGGUGCUUCUGGUAUUGUUAUGGGAACUCGAUUCCUUGCUGCCAGCGAGACACGCAUCAGUCGUGGAUAUCAAAACGAGGUUGUGCGAGCUGACGACGGUGCGGUAAACACUACGCGUACCUUACUUUACAACCACCUUCGGGGCACCUUUGGCUGGCCCGAAGAAUACAUGCCACGAACGAUCAUCAACAAAUCCUAUAUAGAGCAACAGGCAGGUACGUCAUUCGAGGAUCUCAAGAAGCUCCAUGAUGAGGCUCAGAAAGUCGGUGGCAACGGCUGGGGGCCGGGGGGUAGAUUGGCCACUUAUGCUGGGGCAUCUGUUGGAUUGGUUCACGGGGUCAAAGAUGCAGCAGCAAUUAUUCAGGAGGUACAAGAAGCUACGCAAAGAAUAAUCGGUGGAGUAAGUCAGAAUGUUUAA